AUGAAGGACAAAAAAAUUACUCAAGACUUUAUUGCAUUAACACAAAACGAAACAGAAGAACUAAGUGUUUCAAUUGUUUUCGGCAAAAUGUUGUAUAGCUUAGGUGAAUAUGAUAAAUCACAAAAAUAUUUUCAACAAUUAUUCACUGAUUCCAAUGAUGAAGAUCGAGCAUGGAUUGAAUAUAAUAUUGGUCAAGUUCUUCUUUGUAAAGGUGAAUGGAAUAAAGCUCGAGAAUAUUAUGAUCGAGCUUAUGAUAGCAUGAUGAAAAAUAAACCAGCACGAAUCAAAGAUUCUGCUCAUGUUCUCAGCGGCAUUGGUGACAUUCUCCGUAAGCAAGGAAAAUACGAUGAAGCUCUUGAUUAUCAUCAGAGAGCAUUAAAAAUUCGAGAGAAAUAUUAUCCAUUUGGUCAUGUCGAUAUAUCUUAUAAUUUCUCUAGCAUUGGAUGCGAGUACUAG